AUGUCCAAUAUUCCUGAAGCCAUUCUUGAAAAGCUAAAGGAACAAGAUUCGGUUUCUACAUUUUCCGGAUCACUACCACGUGUUACCGCAUCUUCAGGCUCUACUUACUUUGUUAAAAUUGGAUCACCUGCAGAAGCAGCGCAGUACAGCGGCGAAGCCCUAUCUCUGAAGUUGAUGAACGCAGCAGCGCCAGGGAUAGCUCCUCGAGUUAUAUCCUCGGGUACUCUAGAAAUCUCGAAGCCGUAUUUCAUAUCUGAAUACAAAGACAUCGGCUCGCUUUCUUCCAAGGCGGCGCAAACUCUUGCGAAACGGAUGGCGACUGAGCUGCACUCUGAGGAGCAUGCUUCGCUGGAGGGGUUUGGCUUUUCCAUUCCGACUUACUGCGGUGUGACAAAGCUUUCUAAUGGAUGGUUUGAUACCUGGGAUAAAUGUUAUGCUUCUAUGGUUGGUGACCUUUUGUCUCAACUCGAGAGUAAAGGGAGAUACCAGCAUCUGUGCCAGAAAGGACGUCGGGUGCAGGCAGAAGUCAUACCUAAGCUUCUAGGCCCCCUUGUUAUUAAGCCAGUAAUUUUGCACGGUGACCUCUGGAGUGGGAAUGCGGGUGUCGAUAGGAAAACAGGAGAACCAGUCAUCUUUGACCCCGCCUCGUAUUACGGUCACAACGAAGCCGACCUUUCCAUCGCCAAAAUAUUCGGAGGAUUUCCUUCCGAAUUUUAUGACACGUACCAUCAAUACCGGCCAAAGUCAGAACCCGUACAUCAGUACGACCUGCGCAUGGAUUUAUACGAGUUGUUCCAUUACCUCAAUCACACAUUAAUUUUUAGAGGACAUUACGCUGGGAGCGCAGAAAAAAAGAUGGACAAUCUGCUUCGAGCUGAGUUAUGA